UAUCCCCGGAGUAAACCCGUAUAAGAGUGUUGCUGCCUAACGACAUUAACGACUGUUUGGCUACAAAUUCAGAUUAUUGGACACUUGGAAGGAUUAACUACAUCAGAUGGUGAUACGCUGCGAUUUUUGGUUAGUGUUUCAGUAUAAUUGAGGAGCAGUUGUAACAAUGUUGGAAGGCGAAGAAGAGGAUGUAUUAUAUAAGGCUUGUCUCGAGGGCCCGUAUAGAGUGGUUCGAGACAUCUUGGACAACAAGACACACUUGAUCAACGUGUGCGUAUCGGAGGGUCAGGCACCAAUUCACGCCGCUGUUUUCCGGCAAGAGCCUGAAAGCAUUACAGAUAUCCUGCUGAAAUAUGGCGCGGACGUCAAUCUCCCCACCCAACCUGAGAAGGAAACAGCGCUCCACCUGCUCGCGAAAGAGCCACAGUCCCAACAUACCCUCAUUUCUGUAAGGAUGCUUGUCAACAGGGGUGCUGACCCAUUUAAAAGAAAUAGGGAUUUACGAUCAGCAUUUGAUGAGAAUCUAAAUCGAGGGAACCAUGAGGCUUUGGAGAUUCUGCAAGGUGCGCCUUCUCUUACUCCGGAUGAUGAACUGCCAGUUAAAUCUGCUGUUACAGAAGAGGUCCAUACUCUUGUUCAGGACGCCACUGCUCCAGAGAUACGAAAACAACUGCUUGUUGACCCUUGGUCCGUCCACAGACAUAACGAGAAUGGUCUUCUCCCGAUACAUCUAGUCGUACAGAGAGAUGGAGAUGAUGUAAACGAACUCAUAGACGUGUUCAUCAGUCACAAUGCCGACGUCAAUGGCAAGACGGUCAUUGAAGAGGACACGGCCCUGCAUGUCCUCGUCAAAAAUGUCUCGGGGAAGAGGGCGCUUCAUACUGCCAGGAAGCUGCUGAGUGUUGGGGCGGAUCCGAAGAUUCGAAAUAAGAGACUGCGAACUGCCUAUGACUACGCCAUCCAGAAAGGAGACCGUGGAAUAGUGGAAGUUCUCACCUGCGAGAAAUGGCACAUGGAUCCGAUGGCAUUGAUAACUGCAGUGACAAGAGGGACAGUCGAUGACAUCAGAAAGGUCAUCCGCCUUGGUGGAGACGUCAAUAUGAAAACAGAAAUUGGCCAGGCUCCCAUUCAUUACGUCAUCACACAUCGCCACAAACAUGACAAAGGGGCUGUGUUAGAUCUACUGAUUGAACACAAUGCCAAUAUCAACUCUCAGAACAUGGAUAAAGAUACCGCCAUGCACCUUGCCAUCAAAGACUUGCCCAACGAUAACGAAUUGUAUCUGUUGGUAGAGUAUCUGUUGGGUGAAGGAUGUGAUGCAACUAUCCCCAAUAAGAUGAGAAAGGAAGCUGUCGACAUUGCCAUGGAGAAAGGAUACCGUGAUAUCGUGCACUUAUUGGAAGGGCGCGGCAUUGGUGAUGUUAAGGCGGACUUGUUUAAUAAUGUUAAUGCAGGCGACUUUAAAGGUACCCGAGAUAUCCUCGACCAGGAUCGGUCUGCAGCAGUUAUGUUCAAUGAGUCAGAGCCAGAAACAGAGGCGCUUGAGCCUGAGUUAGCAGAUAUUGAGGAAGAAGAAGAGGAAGACGUAGACAUAGAAGACAAAGAAGAAGAGUUCCUUUUUGAAAAACCGGACUUCGACAACCUGCCUGCACCGGAUGACGAGGAGGGAAUGCACCAUCACCCGCCCCCUAUGGGCGCUACAGGAGGCGAGGAGGAGGACGAAGUAGGGUUAACAACACGCAUAAUUGUUUUUGUUUUACUGAGUGAAAACCUCUCCAUCGUCUUCUAAUAUCGAAAGUUUCCCCUAAUACUAACACGUCACUAUAUAUGACAAUUGCAGCUUUCAUCUCUGACCAGGUGUUGCUUCAGCCUACAAUGACUCCAACUGUCAUAAGUCUCUCUCCCGAGUUGUACAAAUGAUGUUUCAAGAAGCUGGCUGUACUUAAUUCAGGGCUCACUUGAGUUCGAAUUUUCAAGGACAAAGUUUGAAACCACGACUCCUGGUUAAGGAGUCGGAAACCGAAACUAAGUAACGGAAUACUCCAGCGCGCUCCACUGACACCUACUCUUCAAAUGGCCAGGUUAGACGGCUUUUCUGGACGAGAGCCAUCCGAUGGGCUUCAACUACGCUAGCUAUAACUUGCUUACCAGACUCUUUUAUUUCUCUAGCAACUAACAUCGCCAUUUCAGCCAGACCGUAACACAACGCGUACUACUUCUAUCUCUAAACGUGCUCAAAUCGAUAUGUCGCAAGUCGGCAUCGAAGGAUUUAUUGAAGACACUCGAGCAUCUUUCUUUUCGCCUUUAUCGUAUGCUGGCCAGAAUUUGUUCUUUAUCUAUUAUUUUUCUCGUGUUGUACAAAAUUUCUGUUUCAAAUGGCAAGUGCAUGUAUUCGUUGAUUGACUCGUUUCUCUUCCACUAACACUACACUGUGUUGUUUUCAGAAAAAUGCUUUUCCACAUCCAGACGUGAAUUCCUACGAACGAGCAUCAAAUUGUUCCUCUCGAUUGUAUGUUAUGUACUAGCCAGGAUUCUAAUUAGUGGCAGCGUUGUUCUCCUAGAUCGAGAUAGGAUACGUUUGAAUCACAAACUGAAGCCUGAAAUAGUAUGGCUGUAUGAUACUGUGGGCAUGCAUCGCAAGUUUCAAGACUAUGGUCAAUAUUUUUCCCUUCAAAGAAUAGCAUUACUUUUGAUAUCAAGAUAUAUUUUAUUGAAAUUUCUGUUGCU